UCUGUUGUUGGUCAAUUGCGAACGCGAGAGGUUUCCACUCCUCCCUCCGGUGCUCGUGCUGUUCAGAGUCCCACCCCUAUCCACGACAACGACUUGACCCCGGCCGGCUUUUAGUCUGGCCAUGGCGAAUCGCUAGUGCUCGAGCACAUCAGCGCAAGAUCCGUGACAAAUCACCCGCCAGUCUAGCUAGGCAGUAGGUCAACUGCUCGGAUCGAUCGCACAGCCAAAAGGGAUCAUCAAAACUCCGAAGAACCAGCUCGCCCAAUUUCACCUCUUCCACCCACCAUGUCCAUGUCCGUGCAGAUCCCCGUGGAUCGUCCUGUCUCCCCGCCGCCUCCGGGCGCCGCCUGCGAUGUGAUCGAGGACGGGGCGCUGCUGGCCCCGGCCAAUGCCAGGCCCGUGCCCGUGCUUAUCUCGCCCAUCGUCGCCGUCCCUGCCGACGGCGCCGCCCCGGCUGGUCUCGCUGCUGCUGCGUUGCCGCCGGCGUACACCGGCGUGCUGUACACGCACCACCACCACAUCAAGUGGCCCGUGGUGGUCGACGACCCCGGCAAGAAGCGGGAGAAGUGGCUCAAGGAGAUGCGCGGCUGGCUCAUGGUGCUCGCCGUGCUCGCCGCCUCCGUCACCUACCAGGCGGGGCUCAACCCGCCCGGCGGCUUCUGGCAGCAGGACGACGCCCAGGGGAACGUCGCCGGCACGCCCGUGCUCCAGUCAAAGUUCCCCAAGCGGUCGGUGACUGUAAUCCUUUCUUCCAUUGGCUGCCAUUACAAACAUUUUUUGGGCUUAAUCCCACAGUCACACGGAACACGGUACACGGUGUUCUUCUACUUCAACUCGACGGCGUUCGUGACGUCGGUGGUGACCAUCGUCCUGCUCAUGAACGAGUCCUUCUACCACUCGGAGGCCAAGGUGGAGGCGCUAGAGAUCAUCGUGGUGCUCGACAUGGCGGGGCUCAUGGGCGCCUACAUCGCCGGCUGCACCCGCGAGGUCUCCUCCUCCAUCUACAUCAUCGUCCUCACCGUCGUCGUCUUCCUCUACGUCGUCUACACGGCGCAGUUCCUGCCCAAGCUCUGGGGGCUCGUCGUGCACGUGCCCUUCGUCCACAAGGCGGCCCAGGGCGGCGCGCUGCCCGUGCCGCACGACAUCCUCGACACGGCCAGGCCGCGGGCUGACAUCGGCCGGACCAAGUCGGCGCCGCCGCGGUCGGUAGGAUUGGUCGUCGGAGCAGAGGAGUGACCACGAUUUGCUCAUUGGCUUUAGUUAGCCCAAUUCCAUUCAAUCGUGCGGUUGUCUUAUGUCCUGUACUACCUUCAUUUCUGUUCGACGUCUUAACUUAGCGCCACCAAACAUUUUUAACAUGUUUAUUUAAACUGCUAGAUUGAGAUAACAAUUCUACUACUACCGGUAUUGUUAAUUUACGUAAUUGUGUUACUAGUAGCCAUGAACGUAAGUUUAAACACGGAUAGAAUAGUACUUUAGAUGACUGAAAACAUGGAUGUAUUCAGUCCAUCUGUGUAAAUGCAACGGACACACCAUUAAUU